GCGAGUAAACGAUGAACUUUGAAUUACCGGAAUUGAGUACAAGUGACAAUCAAUUUGGACCACAUUUAAACAAAAUAGACAACAAGUUUAAGGAAAUUCCUUACUCUCCUUACUCAAAAUUUGAUAAAAUAACUCAGAUCGCUGAUUUUAACAAUGACUUAAAAGAGGAAUCGAACAAACAAUCAACUAAACAACUUAAACCUUUGUCAAAGAACAUAUACGGUUCUGGCUCUGCCACCGCCUUUGGUUACAUUCACGGCGAAGACGAAGCUUCAUUUAGCUUGGUUGACAAUAAGACUUCAGCAAAGAGAACUGUUGCUCUCGGUAGACGCCAACAACAACAACGUAAUAACGCUCAACCUGCUGUUAGACCAACUGCCCAGAGAACCAACACCCAACAACGUCAACAGGCCGCUCAAACUCAAGCUAAGCAACAACCACGCGUUAACAGAAAGAUGGGUUGGAAAGACUGGGACAAACCAAACAGAAUACGUGACGCUUCUGUACAAGUUGAACCUGAAUGGGAGAAGAUCGCCGAAAUUGACUUCCCUAGACUCAACAAACUAAACUUGGAAGUUGAAGAGCCAACUGAUGUAAUUAACUAUGGUCAAUUAUAUCCAUACGAUAGAGCUUUCGAUAGAAUAACCACAAAGAAUGAAAAGCCAUUAGAAAUCAAAGAUCGUGUACGUUACAAUCCAACAACUUCAGUUGAUCCAGUUAUUCAAAAACUCGCAAAUGAAAACAAGGCGAAGGUAUUCGCAACUGACUCCGUUUUGUCUGUUUUGAUGACUUCAGCAAGAUCAGUCUACCCAUGGGAUCUCGUUGUUGUACGCAAGGGAGACCAAAUCUUCCUUGACAAGCGUGAAGGUGGUCCAUUUGACUUUAUAUCAGUUAACGAAAACGCUGCUGAUCCACCAAUGGAGAAUGACAAGGAAACACUCAACACUCCAGCAAGUCUUUCAUUUGAAGCUACCUACGUUAACCACAAUUACACAACUCAAGUAACCAACGAACAAGGUAAACCAAAAGAAUUUGGUGAAGCCAAUCCAUUUGCAUCUGGUGAUGAACCUGAACCAGUAGCAAGCAGCGUUUACAAGUACAGGAAGUUCGAUUUAUCACUUGAGGAAAGUGAAGAAAUGGACUUAAUUGUUAGAACUGAAUUAGACGCUUAUGUUCCAGGUAUUAAGAAGAAAGACCCAACACCAUUCAUCACUAUCAAGGCGCUCAACGAAUUCGACCAUAGAGCUCAAGGUGCAGGUGGCGCUUUAGACUGGAGAACUAAAUUGGAUUCACAACGUGGUGCCGUCGUUGCUACUGAAUACAAGAACAACAGCGUUAAAUUGGCAAGAUGGACCGUUCAAUCUAUCCUCGCUGGCGCUGAGCUCAUGAAAUUCGGUUUCAUUAGCAGAGCCAAUCCAAGAGAUGAAUCUAAGCACGUUAUCGUUGGAGUACAAACUAUCAAACCUAGAGACUUUGCAACUCAAUUGAGUAUCAACCUCAGUAAUGGAUUCGGUAUUGUACGUACUAUAGUCGAUCUCGUCAAGAACCAACCAGAAGGUAAAUACAUCUUAAUCAAGGAUCCUAACAGAUCAAUUAUCCGUCUCUACUCUGUACCAUCAAACUUUGAUGAGGCAGAAGAAACACCCCAAGAAAAGGAAAACUAAAAUACAUCAUUGGUUAGAUUUAUUGGCUUAUUAAAAAUGCAUGAAUGUUCAA